AUGUCACAAUGUCUACCAUACGGCGGUUUUACGUGGACCGAUACAAAUAGAAAUGUCUUGCAAAUUCCUGAUGAUGCUUCGGAGGGUUAUAUUUUAGAAGUCGAUCUCGAAUAUCCUAGAGAAUUGCAUGAUCUGCACAAAGAUCUUCCAUUCUGUCCAGAACAUUACAACUCUAAAACUCAAACACCUUGUUAUGCAUCUCAUCAAAACGCUAAACUCAUGGCCACAUUACAUCAAAAGAAGAAAUAUGUCAUCCACUACAGAAAUCUGAAGCAAGCAUUGAAGAAUGGAUUGAUUAUAACAAAAAUACAUCGAGUGCUCAAGUUCAAGCAAUCUACAUGGCUCAAGUCUUACAUCGACCUCAAUACGGAUCUGAGAAAGAAUGCCAAAAAUGAGUUCGAGAAGAAUCUCUUUAAACUGAUGAACAAUGCUGUUUUUGGAAAAACGAUGGAGAAUAUUCGGAAAAGGGUUAAUGUCCACCUUCUGACAAAAUGGAAAGGAAGAUAUGGGAUGGAAACUUAUAUCUCCAAACCUGAAUUCAAGAACUGUGUUAUUUUCAAUGAGAACUUGGUAGCUGUUGAAAUGCAAAAGCUGCAGAUCUAUUUAAACAAGCCAAUUUAUGUGGGAAUGAGUAUCUUGGAUUUGGCUAAAACUACUAUUUAUGACUUCCAUUACCACUACAUGAAUGAAGCUUUCAGUGCUGGCUGUACCAUCUUAUAUACUGAUACCGAUUCUCUUAUUUAUGAGGUCUCUGAAGAUCCUUAUAAAAGAAUGAAACUUGACUGUUAUGAAAGAUUUGAUACCUCAGAUUAUCCCAAGAAUAAUACUUACGGUAUUCCUCAAGUUAAUAAAAAGGUAUUAGGAAUGAUGAAGGAUGAAAACAAUGGAAUACCUAUGACCGAUUAUGUUGGUCUCAGGUCUAAACUAUAUGCAGCGAAAACUUUUACGGAUGAUCUCAAUAUAAAAAAACAACAAUGGGUGGAAGAAGAGUAUGAAGCGGAUGAAAUUGAAUCCAUGUGUCGAAAUUAUGGUACCACUAAGAAAGCUAAGGGUAUUAAAAAAUCAAUCGUUAAGAACAGAUUAUGUUUUGAUGAUUACAUUGAAUGUUUAGAAACAUGGAAACAUAAAAUUAUUUCCCAAAAUUUAAUUCAGGCGAAGGAACAUCAUGUGUAUUCACUGACACAGGAAAAAAUAGCUUUAAGUCCUGAGGAUGAUAAACGAUGUUUGGUGACCGGAACAUUCAACACUCUACCGUGGGGUCAUUAUUCACUCAAUAAACGCAAGAUUGAAGAAUAUGAUGAACCUAGGAAGAAGAUUUCAAUGUUGGAAAAAUUGUUGACUAUAUGAUUUAAAUUUUUUUUUUCAGUGAUCACUCUGUUUUAAUCAAACAAAUAUCAAUGUUACUGUGAAUAAAAUAAAUGAUUUUUCUUUCA